GAGGAAGAUCAGGAGGAGGAGGAAGAAGAGGAAAAAAGAGAAAAAGAAGAAAUAUCACAGGAAAAAAAAAAACUCUUCGUUGUCUUGCCUGGGCUUUUUUUUUCCCCCCCUAAAAAUAACAUAUUGGAAAACUGGGAGAAGUCUCCUUGGUUUGGAAAAAAAAAAAAAAAAAAGGAAUCUUCAGCCUAGAUCACUUUCUUAUCCGGACUGGGAUAUUAAAUAUACGACACAUCCAGGAGUUUAUUGGAGCGCAGACUGAUGGCGCAAAGGUACGAUGAGCUGCCCCAUUACGGCGGGAUGGACGGAGUAGGGGUGCCUGCUUCCAUGUACGGAGACCCUCACGCGCCGCGGCCGAUCCCACCGGUUCACCACCUGAACCACGGGCCGCCGCUCCACGCCACGCAGCACUACGGCGCGCACGCCCCGCACCCCAAUGUCAUGCCGGCCAGCAUGGGAUCCGCUGUCAACGACGCCUUGAAGCGGGACAAGGACGCGAUCUAUGGGCACCCGUUGUUUCCUCUGUUAGCUCUGGUCUUUGAGAAGUGCGAGCUGGCGACCUGCACUCCCCGGGAACCCGGAGUGGCCGGCGGGGACGUCUGCUCCUCCGACUCCUUCAACGAGGACAUCGCGGUCUUCGCCAAGCAGGUUCGCGCCGAAAAGCCACUUUUUUCCUCAAAUCCAGAGCUGGACAAUUUGAUGAUACAAGCAAUACAAGUACUAAGGUUUCAUCUUUUGGAGUUAGAAAAGGUCCACGAACUGUGUGAUAACUUCUGCCACCGGUACAUUAGCUGUUUGAAGGGGAAAAUGCCUAUAGACCUCGUCAUUGAUGAAAGAGACGGCAGCUCCAAGUCAGAUCACGAAGAACUUUCAGGCUCCUCCACAAAUCUCGCUGACCAUAAUCCUGCAUCUUGGCGAGACCACGAUGAUGCAACUUCCACCCACUCAGCAGGCACCCCAGGGCCCUCUAGUGGGGGCCAUGCAUCCCAGAGCGGAGACAACAGCAGUGAGCAAGGGGAUGGCUUAGACAACAGUGUAGCUUCACCUGGCACAGGUGAUGAUGAUGAUCCAGACAAGGACAAAAAACGCCAGAAGAAAAGAGGCAUUUUCCCCAAAGUAGCAACAAAUAUCAUGAGAGCAUGGCUCUUCCAGCAUCUCACACAUCCGUACCCUUCCGAAGAGCAGAAGAAACAGUUAGCUCAAGACACAGGACUUACAAUUCUCCAAGUAAACAACUGGUUUAUUAAUGCCAGAAGAAGAAUAGUACAGCCCAUGAUUGACCAGUCAAAUCGAGCAGGUUUUCUUCUUGAUCCUUCAGUGAGCCAAGGAGCAGCGUAUAGUCCAGAGGGUCAGCCCAUGGGGAGCUUUGUGUUGGAUGGUCAACAACACAUGGGAAUCCGGCCUGCAGGUUUGCAGAGCAUGCCAGGGGAGUACGUUUCUCAGGGUGGUCCUAUGGGAAUGAGUAUGGCACAGCCAAGUUACACUCCUCCCCAGAUGACCCCACACCCUACUCAGUUAAGACAUGGACCCCCAAUGCGUUCAUAUUUGCCAAGCCAUCCCCACCACCCAGCCAUGAUGAUGCACGGAGGACCCCCUUCCCACCCUGGAAUGACUAUGUCAGCACAGAGUCCCACAAUGUUAAAUUCUGUAGAUCCCAAUGUUGGCGGACAGGUUAUGGACAUUCAUGCCCAAUAGUAUAAGGGAACUCAAGGGAAAAGGAAACACACGCAAAAACUAUUUUAAGACUUUCUGAACUUUGACCAGAUGUUGACACUCAAUAUGAAAUUCCAGACAGCUGUGAUUAUUUUUUACUUUUUGUCAUUUUUCAUCAAGCAACAGAGGACCAAUGAGACAAGAACACAAAUGUGAAAUCAUGGGCUCACUGAGACAAUUCUGUCCAUGUAAAGAUCCUCUGGAAAAAGACUCCGAGAGUUAUAACUACUGUAGUAUAAACAUAGGAACUAAGUUAAACUUGUACAUUUCUGUUGAUCACUCCGUUAUGUUGCCUCAAAUAGUUUUAGAAGAGAAAAAAAAUAUAUAUCCUUGUUUUCCACACUAUGUGUGUUGUUCCCAAAAGAAUGACUGUUUUGGUUCAUCAGUGAAUUCACUAUCCAGGAGAGACUGUGGUAUAUUUUAAACCUGUUGGGCCAAUGAAAAAAGAACCAUGCUGGAGACCAUGGUGAACGUCUGGCUAAACCUCAUCCCUCGGACUCCGGCUUCAAGAAUGUGUUUUCAUGCCCGGCCUUUGUUCCUCCAUAAAUGUGUCCUUUAGUUUCAAACAGAUCUUUAUAGUUUGUGCUUCAUAAGCCAAUUCUUAUUAUUAUUUUGGGGGACUCUUCUUCAAAGAGCUUGCCAGUGAAGAUUUAAAGACAGAGCAGGAGCUUCUUCCAGGAGUUCUAAGCCUUGGCUGUGGACAAAACAGUCUUAAGUUGGGCAGCUUUCCUCAACACACAAAAAAAGUUAUUAAUGGUCAUAGCACCACAACUAGGACUUUAUCCGAGACUCAAAGCUUGGAGGAUAAAAAGGAGCAAGAGAAUACUGUAACAAACUUCGUACAGAGUUCGGUCUAUUAAUUGUUUCAUGUUAGAUAUUCUAUGUGUUUACCUCAAUUGAAAAAAAAAAAAGAAUGUUUUUGCUAGUAUCAGAUCUGCUGUGGAAUUGGUAUUGUAUGUCCAUGAAUUCUUCUUUUCUCAGCACGUGUUCCUCACUAGAAGAAAAUGCUGUUACCUUUAAGCUUUGUCAAAUUUACAUUAAAAUACUUGUAUGAGGACUGUGACGUUAUGUUAAAAAAAAAGGUGUUAAGUCACAAAAUGCGGUAAUAAAUAUUUCAUUUUUGA